AUGGACGUCGUUAAGGCAGUUCAAAAUUACAUUAACAAAAUGGUCAAUGAAGUACCGGGCAUGAAAGUGUUACUUCUUGACGCGGAGACGACCCCGAUUAUUUCGAAUGUAAUGACUCAAUCUAGUUUACUUUCACAUGAAACUUAUCUGGUCGAUCGAAUCGAUAAUCGCAAUCGUGAUAGAAUGCGACACCUUAAAUGCAUUUGUUUUCUUCGACCAACGACCGAUUCCAUUCAAUUAUUAGUUGAAGAACUAAGAGAUCCCUGUUAUGGCGACUAUUACUUGUAUUUUAGCAAUACUAUUAAAAAAUCUUCUAUAGAAAGGUUAGCUGAAGUAGACGAGCAAGAAGUUGUUCGUGAAGUACAGGAAUAUUUUGCAGAUUAUUGUGCAAUCAAUCCAGACUUUUAUUCUUUGAAUCUCUCAUUACCACAACAUCAUCUUUAUGGCGAUUCAAAACACAUUUGGGAUGGUAAAGCACUCCAACGCGUCGUAGAAGGUGUACUUGCUGUUUUACUUUCCUUGAAGAAGAAACCGUUAAUUCGUUAUGAAAAAAUUAGUGAAAUGGCUAAAAAACUUGCGGCAGAAGUUUUGUAUCAAAUUCAAGAAGAAGGCCCAUUAUUUGAUUUUCGGCGUACUGAUACUCCACCUAUAUUACUUAUUCUUGAUCGUCGUAAUGAUCCAGUUACACCCCUUUUAUCACAAUGGACAUAUCAAGCCAUGGUUCAUGAAUUAUUAGGUAUUCAUAAUGGUCGUGUUGAUUUAUCUGAUGUCCCAGAUAUUCGUCCAGAAUUGAAGGAAAUUGUUCUUUCCAGAGAUCAAGAUCCUUUUUAUAAAAAGAAUAUGUAUUUGAAUAUUGGUGACCUUGGUGCUAAUAUCAAGGGUUAUGUGGAAGAGUAUCAAACCAAAACGAAAUUAAGCAGGAAUAUUGAUUCUAUUUCUGAUAUGAAACGAUUUGUGGAAGAAUAUCCAGAAUUUAGAAAGUUAUCCGGUAACGUUAGUAAGCAUGUAGCAUUAGCUAGUGAAUUAAGCCGAUUAUAUGAAAAAGAUAAUUUGCUUGAAGUUAGUGAGUUAGAACAAAGUCUUGCAAGUUAUGAUCAACAUUCUAGUGAUUUAAAGAGUCUUCAAAAACUCAUAGCAAGUCCAAAGACAUCUGAGGAAAGCAAAAUCCGUCUUGUUUUAUUAUAUUCUUUAAGAUAUGAAAAAUAUCCAAAUAAUGCUAUUGUUUCGUUAAUCGAUGAAUUACAUAAACAUGGUGUCAGUGAGCAUAAAAUAUCUUUGAUCGGAUCAAUGAUUCAAUAUGCUGGUGCGGAUCAAAGGCAGGAUGAUUUGUUUUCAAAUGGGAGCAUCUUUUCUAAAGGGAAAAGUGCAUUUAAAGGAUUGAAGGGUGUAGAAAAUGUAUAUACGCAACAUUCACCUCAUUUGGCACAGACACUUGAACUGUUAAUGAAAGGAAAAUUGAAAGAAACCAGUUAUCCGUUUGUUGGCAGUGCAACGAAGGAUAGGCCACAAGAUAUUAUUGUAUUUAUGGUUGGAGGAGUCACAUAUGAGGAGGCACGUUAUGUUGCCCAAAUAAAUGCAUCAACUCCUGGAGUCAGAAUUGUAUUAGGUGGAACUACAAUUCAAGAUGCAUUUUACCGAUUUCCAUCUGGAAGCCCUGCUGGCGCUAGACCACCCAAAUUUGGAAGAAGCCGAC